GGGUUUUCGCCUUCUUGUUCCACAGCUCGCCGGCAAACCACAACCACGGCGGCGAUCUGCUCCCCCCACCCCCCUCGACGGCGAUGGCGCUCUCGACCUCCCGCCCGCACCGCCUCCUGCGCCCUCUCAUCCGUGGCUUCCACGCCACCUCCCAGGCCAUGGCGAGGCCUGAGCCCCACGAGUUCUCCAAGCCGAGCGAGUACCUCGGGAGCUGGGACCCCGCGGGCGACCCCCGUGAGGCGUGGGCGCGGCUGGAGCGGCUGCGCAAGGGCUACGCGCGCGACGUGCGGCAGCUGCGGAGGCAGUACUCCUACGAGGUGCAGCUGCUGGAGGCCGAGCGGCAGCGCAAGGCGGAGGCCCGCGCCGAGGCCGCCCGCCUCGCCAACGAGGAGCGCAAGGCCGCCAAGGCCGCCGCCGCGCAGACGCGCGCCGCCGAGCGGCGUGCCUUCGAGCAGGACUUCCGCCAAGCCCUUAUGAAAGAAAGAGCUGAGAAGCUUGAGAGCUGGAGGGAGAAGGAGAAGCUCAGAGCGCAGAAGAAGGUGGAACACAGGGACCUCUUGCGCAAGAAAAGCUCUAUGUGGGUGGCUGAGGAUAAACUGGAAAAAACAAUUCUCGAAGCUAUUGGGAAUUUCACAACUCUAUGAGGAUACAAGAUGAUGUGUUCUGAAAGCAUGUUGGAGGAUGGACUGAAGGAAGCUUAUUUGUCAUUCCCUCCUGGAACUAAUCACAACUUCCUAAGCAAUAACAUCCAUCUUUGAAAAUUUUGCUGCAACGUUGUAUGUUAUGUUUUUAGACUUGAACAUCGAGCUGAAACUGUUUUUUGCAUUGCUUUUCCUGAGAGAGACCGCUCUCCUCUUUUUUUUUUUUUUGUUGUUAAACAGUUGUUGCACGAUUAAAAUUAUCAGAACUAGCUUUAUCCAUCAUGGACAGAAUUUGGCUUUUCCUACAUGAUCUCCUAAUGCAAACUGCAUUUUAUUUUAUUUUUUUCCUUUGCCGUUUGCUGCAAUAUUUGCCAUGAUUUAUACACCGGCAAUGUUCCUGGAGGACAGGCAUGUAGUCAAUCGGCAUUACCGGAGCGGGAUGGUCGUCUCGUUUGCUAGUUCAUGUUGCUUUCCAGCUUUAUUUCUGAAAUGUGGCGCUCUCAGUACUGCAAUCUAGUGCUGUGGCGUCAGAAUAGUUGACAGUAUUACCAGCCGUGUCUGCUGCUGUAAUGGUUUCUGAAUGAUUCUUGGCUUUGCUGUUUUGCCUUCUGAAGCUUGCCACUUCAACUAGUAUCGCACCGAGCUGAGGUACUUGUGUCAGUACCUGGGCUUGAAAGCUGCUCAAGUUCUGUGAGUCUUCAAUCAUGAUGGUUAGGGAUCUAAAACAUGCUCUUGAUUCAUGAACAUACUAUUCUUUAAGACGAGGAAAUGAGAAUUCUGUGUUGCCUAAUACAUUUCAAUGGAAUAUUGAAGUGCCUUGUUGAAUUUGCUACUACCACAAUACACUGCAAAUUU